AUGUGUGUUGGUGUGCACAUGUGUGUGGUCCCACGGGAGGCAGAGAAGACUGCCGACAGCCUGGAGAGGCUGACAGGGGCCAGGCUUCCCUCCCCUGAGCAUCCUGCUAGUUGGGCUCAGGGUCUCUUGUCCUCCUCCCUCCAGAUCCCUGUGUCCAUGUGUUCCAAGGACUGCCAGCCUGGGCAAAGGAAGAAGCCCGUGGGCAUCCAUCCCUGCUGCUUCGAGUGUCUUGACUGCCUUCCGGGCACCUUCCUCAACCGAACUGCAGACGAAUUCAACUGUCAGUCCUGCCCAAGUUAAGAGUGGUCCCAUAGGAAUGACACCUCCUGCUUCAAGCGGCGGCUGGCUUUCCCUGAAUGGCACGAGGCGUCCACCAUCAUCGUGGCCAUGCUGUCCGUCCUGGGCUUCCUCAGCACCCUGGCCAUCAUGGUGAUCUUUUGGAGGCACCUGCAUACGCCCAUGGUUCGCUCGGCGGGGGGCCCCAUGUGCUUCCUGAUGCUGAUGCUGUUGCUGCUCGCAUAUACCAUGGUCCCCAUGUACAUAGGGCAGCCCACGUUCUUCACGUGCUUCUGCCGCCAGACCUUCUUCACCCUCUGCUUCACCAUCUGCAUCUCCUGCAUCACCGUGCGCUCUUUCCAGAUCGUCUGGAUCUUCAAGAUGGCCAGUGCCUACGGCUACUGGGUGCGCUACCAUGGGCCCUAUGUCUUCGUGGCGUCCUUCACCGUGCUCAAGGUGGUCAUCGUGGUGGGCAAUGUGCUGGCCAUGAGCACCAACCCUACCGCCCGCGCUGACCCCGAUGACCCCAAGAUCAUGGUUCUGUCCUGCAACUACCUCAAGGCACUGCUGUUCAACACCAGCCUGGGCCUGCUCCUGUCCGUGGCGGGCUUCAGCUUCGCCUACAUGGGCAAGGAGCUGCCCACCAACUACAACGAGGCCAAGUUCAUCACUUUCUGCAUGACCUUCUACUUCACCUCCUCCAUCUCCCUCUGCACCUUCAUGUCUGUCUACGAGGGGGUCCUGGUCACCAUCAUGGACCUCUUGGUCACUGUGCUCAACCUUCUGGGCAUCAGCCUGGGCUACUUUGGUCCCAAAUGCUACAUGGUCCUCUUCUAUCUGGAGCACAACACACUCAGCAGCAUGAUUCAGGGCUACACCAUGGGGAAGGACUAG